AAGAUUUGGAAGUCCGCAGCCCGCAGCAUCUGGCAAAAGCUGCAGCAGCGGUCCCGAUGUCCCAACCACACUUCAGCCCACAAUUCAACGUUCUGUGACUAAAAAUUUCCUUCCCAAGCCCGUCCUUCGCAGUACGUAGCCGCAUCGCUCUCUGUCACGAUGCAGCCUUCACAUGAUCACAUGAUCCAUGAUCCACAAAGCUGUAACAACAGCACCAAAGACAUGGCAAAAAGACGAGGGGCUGUCUUCAUCGUACUUGCAAGUUUUUUCCUGCUCGGUGUCAUUGUAUCCGAUGUUACCUUUUCUCGACAUCAGUCUGGCACGUUUAAGGAUUGGUUCAAUGAGGAUGAUGUUCGAAGGACGUUGAAAGCCACUACUGUUGCCAAAGACGAAGCUGGAAAUAAAACAGGAACGAUAGUGCCAAUCCAAAUUGCCAAGACAGAUCAACCCCAAAGACCUGGAACCACGAAAAAACCUCGCAUUGCCAUUCUCUCCAACUUUGUGACCAAACAGCGCACACAAGAUGCCCCACCCAUGGACUCUGAGUUUUUCCCUCAUUUGAUCAACAAGGCGUGUUAUGCGGACUACUGGGGUUACGACUAUUUCUUCAAUAUGCGUUGGGGAUUCCCUGAUCACAUUCGAUCCCGCAAUGACACCUCCGAACGACUUUGUUUCCUGGAUUGGGGUCAUUGGCACCGAGUACCACAGUUGCUAGAGUUGUUGGAUAAAAAGCACGGAUACGACUGGAUCUUGUGGGCUGAUGUGGACUACUUGUUUGCCGACUUGGCAGUCCCCUUGGAAACCAUUCUGGCAGAUCUGGACCAGCACCAUCUCACCAACGUGCAAGUCAUUGUUCCGGAAGACGGCCAUGCCAAGGAUAGUCAGUUUCAGUUUCUAUUCUCAAGCUUUGCCAUUCUGAUACGCAACUCGGACUUUGGAAGGAAAAUGCUGGGAAACUGGAUGACCUAUGGUCAAGGCUUGUGUCCGAAUGGGAACUUUGACAGAGUUGGUGCUUGCAAAAAAUACAACUGGAUCCAUGCCGACCAGAAUGGAUUGUGGUAUGCACUCGCCAAGACCUAUUCGGAUAUGACACCUUCAUCCGAAAACUUUACUGUCCAAUGCGGAGAUAAUGGCCAUUUGCAGCCUCAUGGAUUCCCCCGUUAUGGGCGUCAUGUUGGAGGAUACUUUCAAAAACAAGGACUUGUCGUAAGUUCCAAUUACUCCGAAGUACCAGCUGACCAACCUAUUAUUUGGUCCAAGUUUGCUCCGUAUACGAGGGUAGGCAUUGGUAUAAAUUCGAACGCGCUAGACAAAUUUCGGAAGGAGGACUCAAACUAUCAUGGUGAAGGCGUGUUUGCCAUGCACCUGAAGAAAGACUUGCCAGCAUCGGUGCGAGAGACGAAUCGAAACUACUGCAUGGUCCCGCAUGGAGGAGAUUGUCGAGUAGGAUACAACACAUCUGAUGGACAGUUUGAUUUGACAUGCCACAACCAUUCCUUUGUACUCCGUGAGUCGACGACAGUGUUGGAAGGGACCCUGAAGUAGAAGCAACGGGAAUGAGCCAUGCUUGACCCUCCAGCCACUGGCUGGUAAUGGCAAUAAGGAGCGUGCUUUCAAGCGCGAGUUCGUCGCGGCAAGGAGGAAAUGGUCCCAUUAUACCGUACAGGUCCAGCUCUGUGCGCACCAAUACUGGUACCAGGUACGGAUGUAAAAUAGCAGCAGCCAUUAGGCUGGGUAUAUUCCAUCGCUACACUUUUGUGAUUCUCUGCAGAGACUUGGAGGUGCAGCAGCCAUCAAGGAGCCAAUGUUGGCACUGGAAGUUUCCGGUAUCAUGAAAAGAGUGCGACAACAGGUUCCGGAAGAGGAUAGGAGCGACAGCUGCAUAUAAAAGAAGCCCUUGGAGCAAACUAGCUAGAAAGGCAUUUCUCCUUGAGACUACUGGUACUACGUAAUAGAUUUUGGUACAAAGUGUGGUUG